CCAGUCCCACACUUUGUUAUCAUCAAUCUCCUCCCGCCUACACUGCUCUCAUGUCUUUCACAAAUUGGCAGUUAAUAUAAAGAUGGGGUAGGCCAUUCGGUUGCAGCUUCUACUUGUAAGGCGAACUCUCCAUCCGGCUCAGCGCGCCGCCCGUAACGUCUGUUUCGUUUUUCAAAAAGCGUAAUAAUGGUUCCGAGGCUCAAACGUUUCCUUUCCUGUAGCAGCGUCUCGGUUCCGGGUAGCGGUUGAAGGCCCUGUACUUGGUUCCGGUCCGAGUGGUGAAACGGUUGCUGACGCGAAGGCCGCGUGCAAGGGGCUCGCGGCUGGGGGAGCGCGGGCAGAAGAAAGGCCAGACCUGGAAAGUGGAGCUGCUGCUGCUGGGGAGAGGGGGUGCAUCAACUGUCAGCAUCGCUUGGAGCAACGAGGCGACCAGGCGGGCAUUAAGUACUAAAGAAACCGCGCGCAGGUCAGCUCUAAAGAAAACUGAUACAACUUCUGUGAAUGGAAUUGGAGCAGUUAGAAAUGUUUUAACUCAAGCAACAAAGUGAGGAAACUAAUCUAACAAUACGUAAGUGAAAAGCAGUUGAAGAAUGACAUCUGAAAAUAUUCCUGAAAAGGACUGGUAUGAAAUUCUUGGUGCGAGUCCAUCACACAGUAUGCAGGAGCUCAGACAAAGUUAUCAGAGACUGGCACGAUUGUAUCACCCGGACAAACAGCACGCAGAUGCGCCAGUGGAAGAACUUGAGGAGUGUGUACAGAGGUUCAUCGAAGUUGAUCAGGCGUGGAAAAUACUAGGGAAUGAAGAGACAAAGAGAGAGUAUGACCUGCAGCGACGUGAAGUGACCAUGUCACAGAAAUGGCCAGUUGAUGCACAAGUCUCCUUAGAAGACAUGCACUGGAUUGCAGCUGAUCAGUGUUACACGUACGAUUGUCGAUGUGGUGGUGAAUAUGUUCUUUCCAAAGAAGAGGCAGAAGAAAAUGUAUUUCUCCUUUGUUGCAAUACUUGCUCUCUCAGCAUAGAGAUUGUGAACACAAGUUGAUAUACUUCAGUUGAAUUUUCUUUGACUUUACUUUUAUGUAUCAUCUGCAGAGGUUUAGCAGCUGUCACACAGAAUGAAUGUUAGAAAUGCUGACUGUGAAGAAGUACGGAUUUAUGAAGCUGCCUAGCUGAAGCUUACUUUGAAUGAUUGCAUCAGUUGAGUUAAAACAAAAAGUCAGAGUGCAAGUCUUAGUAACAUGGUGGCAUAACUUUAAAAUUGCAUGAGCCUAAAUUGAACAGGCUCCCCAUUUCUGAAGAAGGGUCCAGGCCCGAAACGUUAGCUCCGCUGAUGCUGCUUGACCUGCUGUGUUCAUCCAGCUCUACACCUUGUUAUCUCAGCCUCUCAAUUGUUUUUGCAAAUGCUCAGGAGUGACUGAUGUCGUAUUAAGCAACUGAAGGAUAAAUAAUGGGACCAGUUUGUAUUUAUAAAAUAAUUAUGGCAAGGAAGCAUGCAGUAAUGUGACGUUGGAGGAAAUAUUCAGCCAGAGUCUGACAAAGUCUUAUGACAGAGAAGAAAUUUCUCUAUGCUUCGGGUCAGUGUCUGAGCUGUGAGCAUGGACGUUGGUGAAGUGUACAAAGGAUGAAUAAUCUUGUUUAUCUAAAUUAUAAUUUUUAAAAAAAAUAUGUUUCAAGUGUUUAUGGUUAUCCAUUAAUUUAAAAAAAUCUUUAUUGAUUUUAAUCUGACUUGUACUAUGUCUUACAAACAGGAACGUCGCAAAAUUAUUCAUUUCAGUGCUAUUUAUAAAUUAAUAAGCUAAGCACUGAUUCAUUGAUUUUUUUUAAUUUAAAGUUGAAAUUGCCAUGAAAUGGCAUCUGCAGUCACCAUUCUUUCUCCUCAGUGUCACAACCAAUCCUGCUGCUGCUCACAUUCUAACUUCCCAGAAAACACAACAUACAUUUUCAACACUAAUCUCUUAUUACUUGUCUGCCUGUCAUCUACAUUUGAGGAAAAUGCAUUUGUUCCAAAUAUCUAGUUCAAAAUUCUUUCUCUUUAGAAUAUAAACUUUUAGUUUUUGGAAUUGUGUGCAAUGUAACGCAAAUGGAGCAUCUGAUUAAAAAAUUAAUUUGCAUCUUAAGUGAAUGCAAUUCAAACAAUCUUGGAGCUACUUACAGUUAAAAGCUAAUCUAUGCUUAUGUUUGCAAAGCUGAGAGUUACAGCAGUAGAUAACGGAGAACUUCCAUCUUGGCUUAUUGGAGUGUGAAAAUCUAUCCUAACUCAAUAAGAGAUUUGAAUUAUGUUGAUAGUUCCCAGAUCAAAAGAAGAUAAAACCAAAGGGGGUUACUUGAUAUGUCACGUGUAGACAGUGGCUAAUCGCAUCCAUUAGCAGUUUAAUUAUUCACAUAGUUAAACUAUUGUGGUGAAGAUGAAGUUUGAAUUUCUAUUUGAGAACAUGCCUAAAGCAUGCCACAUUAUCAAAGAGAUGGGCUCUGGAGCUUAGAAUGUUCUUUUCUUAUGAAAAAAAUGAGAAACUGCAGAAAUUGGAAAUCAAAAACAAAAAUGGAAAUUGCUAGGGAAAAAAACCCCAGCAGAUCUUGGAGUGUCAAUGGAGAGAAAGCAGAAUUAACAUUUUGGGUCCAAUGACCCUUCUUUGAACUGUUUUGUAUCUUUCUAAAUGCGGGCCAAUUGUUAUCAUUUGCUCCAUGGAAAGCGGUAGGGACUUGAAUGCAGUUUGAGAAACGUGACAAAGAAAGAAGCUGGAAUAUUUGCUUAGCUUGAAGCAAGUGAAAUAAAUCUACAUUGGUCUUGAUAGAGCCUUAUUGCAUAAAGCAGUCGACUCAGUUAGCUUGAAUGGCUGUUACAAGGCAGUUGUGUAUCUGAUAGCAACCAGAAAAAGGAACUGAACCAUCCACUGUCAUAAGAUCAAAAAAGAGUUGACCUUAGUCAUUUUGCCUAUAAGUUAAUGGACGGAUUCCCACAAAAUGUCACUUUGAAGAAUAGCUGGAACACUGAGGAAAAUUAGUGAAUUCCAGAGAACUCAGGCAGAUCUUGAGUUGGUCCUUAAAAAAAAACUAAAUUUACCUUUAAAAUUCUCCCCAUGUAUGAGGGAAGCCUCGGGAGGGUUGGGGUAGUCGGAAAUAUGUGUAACUCAGGCAAUAACAUUGCACUUUAUAACUAUGUGUGUUAAGUUAAUAAUCCUUGCUUUACUUCAAUGUUAUUGUAAAUAACAUUGGCAUAUGCCAAUCAGUUAAUCACAAGGUAUUUGGAUUUCUCUUUAAAUAUUAAUAGCCUCUAACAGAGCUGUAACACAUUUCAAAUACAACUUGGAAGUUUCAGCUGACUAAAUGCAAUAUAAAAUCUGCCGUUGUCAAGACAAUUAUUGUCGUUCCUCCUCAACCAGGAGUUGUCAGUAAGAAAAUAUAUCUUUUUGAAUAUAAUGAAUAUUUUGUUGCAGUUCAACACAAUUUUCUACAGUUCAGUUUCUAAAUCUACAAAAUACAGAAAUUUGAAAUGUUGUGGGUGUUCUGUCACCAAAACAAAAGACAUUGACUAACAGGGGUUUAUUGGACAGAAGGAAGCCAUUUAGCCCAUUGAGUUUGGUCUCAUUCUUUACGAGGUAAAUCUGACAAUCGCAAGUGCAGUCAUUCAUUAAUGAGAUAAACUAGUUGAUGUCAACUGAGUUUUAGUAACUGUUUUGGUAUCUGAAAUUAAACAUUUUAGACAGUGGUAUCCAACUGAGCAAAUUUGGCACUGUAUUAGGUAUGGAGGCAUUGUAAGAUAUGGUAUGCAUGAAUGCCUACAAUAAUGCAGUACAAAUCCUUUACAUAGCUAGAUGCUUCCACGUCAUAUGGAAGAAAAUAUAAUUAGAGCACGUACAGCAUUCAAAGUAAAGGUUUCCUGUACUGAUGAGAACAAUCAGAAGCAGGUUGAUGAAAUAAAGCUAACGAUGCCGAACCCACUCCUGACAGGUACAAACGUUGCUGCCACAGUCACUUUGGUGCGAUUUUAUGGUUGGGGGCAAGAAUGAGCCAGCUUAUUCAACCCAACAAUGCAGUAGUAUCUGUAGACUUGUUCUUGCUUUCUGAGCGAGGUUCCAGCCAGACAUUGGAAGUCUAGCUUGGAGCAAUAGUAAUCUCACACAGACAAGAUAUGCAUUAUUGCUGAUUUCAACAUUCAUUACAAGUGGUUUUAGCAGCUUAUAUUCCAAAAGAUAUGGUUUGGUAUCAUAAAUAGCAAAAGGUUCAUAAUUGAAGAAAUCAAAUCUUAAAAAACUGAAGGUGGGAAUUUUGAAUUGUGGGAAAUACUCAUCGUAAAAAUGACAGGAAGAUUGGAUAAGGCAUCCUGACCCCUCAAUCUGUGCAGAAUGUGAGUUGAAAACACACUUCUUUUCUGGUCAGGCAUUAAGUUCUGGCAUUUUUUUUUCCAGCACCAGUUCAAUAUAAACAAUACAUUUUUCACCUGCGAUUUGCAGUUGAUUUCCCCAGGAUCUCCGCCAAUAGUGGCAUAUGUAACAUUUCCAAAGAGUGGACAGUUAUGUUGUUGUGUUACUGGAUAAGUAGGCCACAGGUCUGCGAUAAUAAUUCAGAAAACAGGAAUUUAAGUCCCAUCUCAAGGAUUUGAAAAUUUGAAUACAGUUUUAACAAACUGUAACUAUAAAGGUAUUUGUAACAAAAUGAAUAUAAAAUUGUAAUUAUCAUAAAAACCUAACUGGUUCAAUAAUGUCCUUGUAUAGGACUACAGUGCCAGGGCGUUGUGGUUGUUCUUGGUUUCACUUUUGUCAUGCAAUAAUGGGGAUAAAGGUAUACAAAAUCUGUUUCCCUAUCGAUAGGUGAUCCUCAGCUUCUCCAACACCUCUUGAGCAUUUCAUAUUUUCUUCUUGUAGCAAUUCUUUGUCUUUAUUAUUGUGAAUAGUUCUGAUUACAGCAUAUUGUGGUCAAAAAUCACCACUUUAUUCAGUGCUUGUAAAGUUGCUGUUUGAAAAACAUCUGGUUUGGACUUGUUUUUCGUUUAAAUAUGUCUGUUUGACUAAGAGCUAAACCAUUGCCGUCUAUUUAAUUCAUCACGAAGAAGUGCUGUUUGGGCUUUCUUUCAGGAAACCAAAUUCGUGCAGUGGCCAAAUCUACAAAAUAAAAAUGAACAUUU